UUGUCCUCCACGCGGCUCGGACCCCAUGUGGAAGGAUUAAUUCCUCAAAGGGGGCAGCGAAGUAUCUUGGGCUAGAAGACUCAGCGUCCAGUGCUCCAGCUGAGGAUCUAAAGAGAAAGCCACUUCAUUGCCACCAUGCCUAACUUUUCUGGCAACUGGAAAAUCAUCCGAUCAGAAAACUUUGAGGAAUUGCUCAAAGCUCUGGGGGUGAAUAUGAUGCUGAGGAAGAUCGCUGUGGCGGCAGCAUCCAAGCCAACAGUAGAGAUCAAGCAGGAGGGUGAGUCUUUCUACAUCAAAACUUCCACCACUGUGCGAACCACGGAGAUUAACUUCAAGAUUGGCGAGGAAUUUGAGGAGCAGACUGUGGAUGGGAGGCCCUGUAAGAGUUUGGUGAAAUGGGAGAGUGAAAACAAAAUGGUGUGUGAGCAGAGGCUUCUGAAGGGCGAGGGCCCCAAGACCUCCUGGACCAGAGAACUGACCAAUGAUGGAGAGCUGAUCCUGACCAUGACAGCAGACGACGUUGUGUGCACCAGGGUCUACGUCCGAGAGUGAGUGCUACCGAGAGCUGCCAGAGACUUCUUCCCCUCGCCCCACAGGCCACUGAGCUCCCUCCCUUGUCUUACAAGCUAGCUCUCCCCUUGCUCCUGAGGGUCACUGCUUCCUCCAGGGCCUUUUGUCCUUUGCCUCGCCUGUGCCAGAGAGGGACAGACUACAAAAGCCCAGAACCCCUUUCACCAUUAUGUGCCCCUUCCCAGGCCAGCAGCGUCAGCUUCAAACCAGGGGCCUUCUUCCUGGAGGAGACUGUCUCUCUGGCCUCUACUCCUUACCCUUGUAGCCCGUAUGAUUUAGAAUAUUUAUUUGUUAAUUUUAUUAAAAUGUUUUAAAAAGUAAAA